ACAAUCAAGAUCAUGGACUCGGGUAGGUUGACAACGGACGUUAAGAUCUGACCCAUUCGUACGAGUACCCGCGCGGAACAGAACGUCCACUCGUGCAGGUCAGUCCAAGAAGUGGAGGGAACUCUCUCUCGCGGCAUAACUCCCAGUCUCUAAAACCCUACACCUCUUUCCCGCUCCCUCCAUCUCCUUCUCUGCAAUUCAGAGAAUGGCGGAAGAUGCUCCACAACAGCGAGACCCACGCACCGCUUGGGAAGGAUGCAGCGUCUUACUCGACAUCAAUGAUGGAGAUCGGCUUGUCUUUGCUCGCCUCACUCCCUCCUCUACACUGAAAAUCGGGAACAAGAAGUGCUCGCUGGGGCCAUUGAUCGGAUGCCCGUUCGGUUCGCUCUUCCGGCUAGAAGUUGGGCCCUCCGGCGCCUUCCUUUCUCGGGAUUCCUCUAGUUCGGCAGGUAGUCAAUUACAAGAAAAAAACAAUUUAUUGUUAAACAAUGAAACUAGGGACAAUAGAUCAUUAGUGGACAACAACAAAGCACAAGCACUCUCUGGUGAAGAUAUAGAUGCCUUGCGCAGGGAAGGUGCUACGGGAGAUCAAAUAAUCGAAGCUUUAAUAGCUAACAGCUCUACAUUUGGGAAAAAAACUGCAUUUUCUCAGGAAAAAUACAAGGUCAGAAAACAAAAGAAAUACGCUCCAAAGGUACUUAUGAGGCGACCAUUUACUCGAAGUAUAUGUGAGACUUACUUUCGGAAGAACCCUGCAAAAAUUGGGUUUUUGCGAAUGGAUACACUGUCACUUCUUUUAUCUAUGGCUAAUAUUACUGCAUAUUCUGAUGUUCUAGUGGUGGAUAUGGUUGGAGGCAUUGUUACUGGUGCUGUGGCAGAACGUCUUUCUGGUACUGGUUCCAUAUGCAGCACUUAUUACGGCACUAAGCCUUAUCCAAUGGACAUCAUAGGAAUAUUUAAUUUUGAUUGUGAAAUCUGGAGCAGGAUCUUCUCUGUUGCUGCAUCUGAUUUCUGUUUAGCUCAGGAGAUGAAUUUGCAGAACUCUGGAUCAGCAUCCAAUCCCAAACCACCAAAUUCUGUAUCAGAUGUUGACAACAGCAUUUUGGAUCUUGUAGCAUCUGAUGACUUGACAUCUACACCUACCAGUGAGAAUGUCAUUCAACAGGAUAGCUCCAUGAAGUCGGAAAAUCACAAUGAUGGCCUUGCAGAUGAAAAAUCGGUUAAUUUAAAUGGAAUUUUAGGUACUAAUGUUUCAUCAGAUGAUGCAUUGGAAGGUAUUGAUUAUAAAAAAAUCAGAACUCCAAAUGGAGCUAAAUAUGGAAGGCAUCCAUCAUUAGCAUACGUAGAUUUGUGGAAGCAAAAUGGCUUCUCAAGUUUGAUAAUGGCUGCACCUGAUCUAGAUCCAUGGAAUAUAGUUCAAGAGCUGCUUCCCCUUUUAGCUUAUUCAGCACCCUUUGCUAUCUACCAUCAGUAUCUUCAGCCUCUUGCAGUGUGCAUGCAUAAUAUGCAGGCUGAGAAGAUAGCUGUUGGCUUGCAAAUUUCUGAACCUUGGCUACGUGAAUACCAGGUUUUGCCAUCAAGGACGCAUCCUGCCAUGCAAAUGAGUGCAUUUGGUGGAUACAUCCUGAGUGGUACUCGGAUAUGCAGGGACAACAUAUGCCUGGAUAACUGUUAAAAGACUAGUUCUUCUUUGCGAGAACUAGUAUUCCACAACAUUGCAGGUCCUCAUUACAAAUGAUUUCCAGCUGCAUAAAUAUGCAGCAGGUGAGAGAUUCAGAUAAUUUUUUUUUAUGUAUUUCUCCUCAAAGAAUUAGGCAAGUAGAGUGAAGAUGAUCACUUGUAUGAUUUGAGAUAAGUUAUUAUCUGAGCUUAUCAUUCCUUUUGAUGUUUAUUAUAUCAUCUGUAUCAAGGAAUUUUGUAUUGCUUAAUAAUCGUCGCUUUUUAGAUGUAUAAUGCCUUCAGAUUGCAUUCAAGUUGGUUUGCAUACAUUUGACGUUCACGAUCGCACAAUACCUACAGAUUUGAGCUUUUAUUUGGAAUCAGUAAAUCGUUCCCAUUCUCAUGGGAUGUAGUACGGUGAAAACUUGGAUCUUGAUGUAUUAUAGGAUUUCAGUGCGAUAAUCAUGUGGUGGUGGUGUGGUUGCACAAUGGAUCAGAUGGAGGGUUUGUGGUCUUCGGCUGCACUCUAUCCAAUUCAGAUCUAACUCCAAAUGUGUUUAUCUGAUGCAAAUGGUUGGCAGCUAGCGAGCCACUGGUGGUGGCAGAACUUCUGUGAGUAUUCACCACUAAAAUUUUGACGGCAAACAACAGGGGUUACUUUUUCUGAAAUCUAUUUAUUGGUUCAUUUCUGACGACCUGUAAAUUUGACUUGGAAUAUGUGUGAAGAAAGAAUAGGAAAUGCUUACGAGAGAAAAUGCAGCUAUAGUCCUUGAGAUUUUCACCUUGGGAUGGGCGUGGAGCUAUGCCCUCAUACCUGAGAUGGGCUGGUCUCCCGACUCUGUUGCAGCAUUAGGCCCGAUGGCCCAGCUCUAUCCAUGAUGCUGAUUGGCGCAGAGCCUGAACCUAGCAGGAGUGAUAGGGAUGGCUCUUUUGGGCACGAAUCUGAUUGAACACAUUGAUUCCUUGAGGCUUGUUAGCUGGCCUGGAUUUGGCCGAACCGAUGCCUUCAAAGUAGUUUUGGAUAAAAGUAAAACCAGGUUCAAAACUUGAGAUGAUAUU